UGACGUCAGGGUCCUCCGCGCCGCGCCAGGUUGGGUCCCCAUGUGACCAGCUUAAACUCGUUCUGAAGACACAAAGGGAAGGAGGAGAGAGAUCGAGAGCCGGAGCCGGUUUAGCGGGGCAGGCGGUGGAGCGGAGCCCGCGGAGAAGAAGCAGCAGCCAGGAGCAGCCGCCGUCGCCGGGAGACUCGUCCAGGCGUCCAUCCAGAAUGCAGGUCCGUGGGCUAUUUCUCCUUUUGGUUCUGGUUCUUCUGGUUGCAUUUUCAGAGGCUGGCAAGAAUAAAAAAGACAAGGUGAAGAAAAAUGGCUCAGAUUGUGAGGAAUGGCGCUGGGGCCCCUGUGUCCCCAACAGCAAAGACUGUGGUGUUGGCUUCCGUGAGGGGACUUGUAAUGAAGAGACCAAGAAACUGAAGUGCAAGAUCCCCUGCAACUGGAAGAAGGAAUUUGGAGCUGAUUGCAAGUACAAGUUUGAAAGCUGGGGUGGUUGCGAUUCUGCAACCGGUCUAAAGGCCCGUUCAGGCACUCUGAAGAAGGCUCUGUACAAUGCGGAGUGCCAGGAAACUAUUCAAGUGACUAAGCCCUGCUCUCCUAAGGCCAAGUCAAAAUCCAAAGCCAGAAAAGGAAAGGGGAAGGACUAGAAGGACGGAUACAGCCCCGCCAUCUUCAGGGCAUGGUGCUUGAACCCACUUGGACACACACCACUUGGAGCUGCAGCGUGGCCCCUCCCAGCUCGGCAAUGUUCUGCCAAAUCCCACUAUUCUUCUGCCUCCACAACUUUGCCCUUAACUGAGAUACCAUUUCUAAUCACUAGUUUUGUAGAGAAGCAACCCCACCCUCUUUUGAUGAAGGUGCUAUUGGCCUUCCCUUUGCCUUCUCCACUAUCUCUGAAUCUGCCACCCCCAACCCAUGCAUUUGCAUCCUAGUGUUCUUUGCUCUGGUUCAUUUCCCAAUAUUCAGUCUGAUAUGUUUUGAUAUGGGGGUAGGUUGGGCUGAGUUGUGGCUUGCACUAUUCACCUUAGAAAUCCCUUGUCAGAGCCAGAUGGCCUUCUGGUACAUCUCCAGACAAUUUCCUGUUGACCUAAGAAAAACUCUCAAUUAAAACAGCCAAGGAAAACUAGCUAAUUUGGAGGAAAGGAAUAAGAUGGGCAAGAGUUGUGAUGAAAACAGUGGGUGAGGAUCCCCACCUUGCCCUCCUAAAUAAGGGAGCAGGGUGUUAACUUCUUUGGUGUUGUUUCUGCCCCUCAUAGGCUUACAAGGGACCUAGGUUUCAAUCCCGUGUUCCUUCACUUGGAAGUAAGUGCCACUGAACUCAGAGAGGUUUCCUUCUGAGUAGACACUCUUAGGAUUGCACCGAAAAUCUGUACCACCUUCCCAUAAUGUGUGUGAGUGUGUUUGCUAAUGCAUUUUUCUCCUCGCCAGCAUUCUUCCAUACAAGCUGGUUCAUAAGCAGACUCUCCAUGCGGAGAAGUGUGUCUGUGUGUGUUUGUGGCUCAGAUCUCCAUGUUUACUUGGACUUUUGCCAAUAAGCCAUGCCUCACAUCUUCAGCAUUCAAGAAAGAACCUUCCCAGAGUUAAAUGAGCAUUGUUUCUUUUUCAGUCAUUAUGUCCUCAUUCCUCCUUGUCUAUAUUCUUGCUGGGAUACUGUGGCUUUUCCAUCCUUUUCCGGUGCUGGGUAAGCCCUUUCCCUGCUUUUUACAAUUUCCCCUUUUUUCCAAUAAAAAUCUUUUUACAAAAA